AGUUUAUAAGCAAGAAAAAAACGAGAUAUUUGCAAUAUUCGUGUUAAAAAGUGAAAUUAAAACAAAAUACUUAUUUUAAUUAUUAAAUUAACAUAAUUAUAGUAUUAAGUAUGUUUACGAUAUGGAAUUCUCGUGCUUGUGUUACAUUUAUACGUUCCUCCAAUUGCACGAUUGUAGCGGGCACUUCGCGACGUAGUUCCUCCACAAAUUUCAUGCACAAACGUUUUAUGAGCAACACUCAAAGCCAAAGAGGAGCAGCCACACAAAAUCAUGAAUACGAUUACGACCUAAUUGUAGUUGGAGGAGGUUCAGGUGGUUUAGCUUGUGCCAAAGAAGCCGUUGCAAAUGGAGCUAAAGUUGCCUGUCUAGAUUACGUAACACCCACACCACUGGGUACCAAAUGGGGUAUUGGUGGUACCUGCGUCAAUGUUGGUUGCAUUCCCAAAAAACUAAUGCAUCAAGCCUCUCUUUUGGGUGAAGCAGUGCAUGAAGCCGCUGCUUAUGGCUGGGAAAUCCCUGACAAAGAUAACAUCAAACCAGACUGGAGUAAAUUGGUGCAGGCUGUACAAAAUCACAUUAAAUCCGUGAAUUGGGUGACUCGUGUGGAUUUGCGUGACAAGAAAGUUGAGUACAUUAAUGGCUUGGGUUCUUUGAAAGAUCCUUACACCGUUGUGGCUAAAAUGAAAAAUAACUCCGAACGUUCUCUAACUGCUCGUAAUAUUGUCAUAGCUGUUGGUUGCCGUCCCCGUUAUCCCGAUAUUCCCGGUGCCAUGGAAUAUGGCAUUACCAGUGAUGAUCUUUUCAGUUUAGACAGAGCCCCCGGCAAAACCUUGGUGGUGGGUGCUGGAUAUAUUGGUUUGGAAUGUGCUGGUUUCCUUAAGGGUUUGGGCUAUGAUGCCACCGUUAUGGUGCGCUCUAUUGUCUUGCGUGGUUUCGAUCAACAGAUGGCCAAUAUUGUUGCCGACUCUAUGGUUGAACGUGGCAUUCCCUUCUUGCACAAAACCAUACCCAAAUCGGUGGAGAAAACUCCUGAGGGCCGUCUCUUGGUGAAAUACAUUAACACCGAGACUCAAGAAGAAGGCAGCGAUGUUUACGAUACUGUCUUGUGGGCUAUUGGUCGUAAGGGUUUGGUUGAAGAUCUCAAUUUGCCCGGUGCCGGUGUUCAGGUGAAGAAUGACAAAAUCGCUGUCAACGAGGCUGAACAGACAAAUGUACCCAAUGUUUAUGCUAUUGGUGAUAUUAUUCAUGGUCGUCCCGAAUUGACUCCUGUAGCCAUUCAUGCUGGUCGUCUAUUGGCUCGUCGUUUGUUUGGCAACUCCAAGCAGGUUAUGGAUUACACAGAUGUGGCCACCACUGUAUUUUCUCCCCUAGAAUAUGCCUGCGUUGGUAUGGCUGAAGAGGAUGCCAUCAAGAAGUUUGGUGAAGAUAACAUUGAAGUAUUCCAUGGUUUCUACAAGCCCACAGAAUUCUUUAUUCCCCAAAAGAGUGUGCGUUAUUGUUAUGUUAAGGCCGUGGCCGAACGUAGUGGUGACCAAAAAGUAUUGGGUCUGCAUUAUGUAGGACCCUCAGCUGGUGAAGUUAUUCAAGGUUUUGCCGCUGCUGUCAAAUCUGGCCUUACCAUGAAAAUCUUAUUGAACACUGUUGGUAUUCAUCCCACUACCGCUGAAGAAUUUACUCGUCUUGCUAUUACAAAACGUUCCGGUUUGGAUCCCACACCCGCUUCUUGCUGCAGUUAAACAUUGACUUCUUUGUUAUCUACAUUUUCCUUGAAGAAAUUACUACAACACCAACACCAAACACGCUUUCUGUAUUCGAAAAAACAUCCUCUUUGUGUCUUGUAUUAGUUUUCAUUCCACCUUUCACAAAACUUAAAACAUCUGUGUGUAUUUGCCAGUAGAACUGGCUUCGUCAUCAUCAUUCAUUUGCUGUUUACCACCACAAAUUUAUAGGCUUUUUCUUAAUUUAUUUUUCUAUAUUUAAAUUCUUUAAAUUAUGUUGCCUUUUUGUCUCAGAAUUAUUUUGAAAAUAAUUUCGUUAUAUUGGGCAAAUUUAAACUAAUUAAAAGCGUAAUCAUUAUUGUAGAAUGCCUGUUUCAAAAACAAACCAAUUUGUAAUACAAAACAAACAAAAUAGAAAACACCACAAUUACUUUAAUAAAAAGUUUAUAAAAUUAUAUACCUA